AUGCAUUCAGUCACCUCUAAACCAUUCUUAAUGAAGUCGAAUGCAACUUUCACUCAAAUACUCUCUAGCGGAAUGUUUUCAAAGCUGAUGGAGCAGGUGUUUCGACGCCUGGAAGCGAAAUACCCUGAUAUCAGGUCCAUUUUUCUAACUACUGCCUUCGUGAAUUCCCUUUCAAGGGAAAAAUCUUCACCUUCAUUGGUUCGAACCGAACACGAUCAUUGCAAAUGCGUGGUGUCAUUGUUCGAAAAAAUAAUAGAGAACCUGAACGGCGACGAAAGCCAGUUGAAUUCGAUUCGACCAUGCGGAGAGAAGCAUGCGCAGGUCGAAAUCGGAUCGAAAUGUGAACUACUUCAGGACGUGGUCAAGUACAACCAUGAAGCGGUAAAAGCCUGGAGAUUGCUGGUAGCCUAUGUCACAGACGAGAUGAUGGUGGGAUUCGAUCGACUUAGUCGAUUAUCGGAGAGAAAAUGCGAUGGUGUUGAUGUGUGCCUUAAAAGAACAUAA